CUUUCGGUUUCGGACUUCCGGGUACAUCACCGCCAUUUAUGAAAAUGGUAUAUUGUUAUGCUUUUGGCUGUACGCAUCGCACAGGGGGCAGACAGGCUUGUGGACUCUACAGGUUUCCGACUAAUGACAAGGACAGAAAGAAAUGGAUUGACAGAUGCAGACGGGCAGACAGGCCAUAUAACAGCAACGACCGGAUAUGUAGCUGUCAUUUUGUUGAUGGGAAGAAGGAGAAUGGUCCAACCAUCUUCAGCUUCAGUAAAGAUGUUGGCAGCUUUCCAGACCUACCAACCCCAACAAGACGUAAAAAACGCAAGGUGGAAGAGGCUGUGGAACCAGAAAUUGACGUCCCUGAUACAGCCACUGGCAGCAACCAUGACCAUAGCUACAUAAAGCAGCCAUUGUCAGAAAUGGAUGAUAUGGAAGGUUCUACAGCGUGUUCAACAUCUGUUCCACAGCUGGAGGAGCAGAUUACAGAGUUAGAGAAUGAAAUCAAAACUCUUAAACUGUCGAAACCAAGACUGACGCUGCAAGAUAUAAUUCAUGAUACAGAUAAAAUGCUGUUGUACACGUCAUUCCCAACAGAUAUUUUUCAAGUGCUGGCGAGCAUGGUUCAGAGGAUGGCCCCAUUCAACUAUUAUGCUGGUUGGACAGUCACAUGCUUUAGCAUUCAGGAUCAACUUCUGAUGGCUUUGAUGAAACUAAGGUUGAAUUGUAAGGACCUAGAUUUAGCUGUCCGGUUCAAUACCAGCAGGGCAACUGUGUCUAACGUUAUAAACACCUACAUAUCUGUAUUGCAUGAAAUACUACAUGAUGGUGUUUUAAAGGCAGUAGGAAUUCCAAGCCAGCUGAAAUGCAAAGGCUCCAUGCCAAAAUCAUUUGAAGAUUUCACCUCUGCUAGAAUCGCUAUGGAUGCUACAGAAAUCAUACAAGAUGUGCCAUCAGAUAUGAACAGUCAGUCGCUGUCUUACAGCAGCUACAAAAGCAGACACACUGUGAAGGCUGUAACCUGUGUUGCUCCAAAUGGUGCACUUGUUUACAGUUCAGAUUUAUACCCAGGUUCCACAUCCGAUGCUGCAAUUGUCGAACAUUGUCAUGUUCUAGACCAGCUUCAGCCUGGAGAUCUAAUUCUAGCAGACAAAGGAUUUAAUAUAUUUGAUAAACUUCCAGCUGGUGUUUCAUUAAAUAUUCCACCAUUUUUAUCCAGUAAAGGACAUUUUACUAAGGAAGAGGCUGAAUUGUGUUUCAAAAUAGGAAGAAGUAGAAUCCAUGUUGAAAGAGCAAACGAAAGAAUAAAAAAUUAUGAUAUUUUAAAUCAUAUUCCUGCUCAGUAUAGACAUUUGUCAACCAAAAUAUUUCAACUAUGUUGCUGUUUGGUUAACCUUCAGGCACCAUUAUUGAAGGAAAUUGCUGAUAAAUAUGAGAUUUUGGAGUGAAACAGUAAACAACUAAAUGAAAAGAUCUUUCUUUUACUUCAGUUUGUGUCCUGUGCAUGAUAAUCAAACACCACCUGUA